CGCGAAUUUAUUCGUCAAUUGCGGCAUAGGCCCUUACCCUUGCCAUUUUUAUUUGACAUUGACUUUGUUAACCUUUAAUAAAUCUGCAGAUUGUGACUGAGAUUUGAUAGAUUACCUAAUGCGUAAAUUGUUAAUCGCAGCCCAAAUUUAUUUAUAAAGAAAAGGAUGGCGCAAAGUUAAACGUUGCGUUAUCAUUUCGUUAUAUUUUAAUUAAACCUUCUCCUAUCGUUAAUUAAAACGCUGCUCGCUAUUAAUAUAUGGACGGAUUCCGUCAAUAUUUUUAACGCGAUCACUUUCUUUCAAGAACUCAGUUGUGAAUUAGAUAGUGAAGCCGUAAGACAAACGCGUGGAAAUAUGAGCUGUCCGGUCAAAUAUACGGAUGCGCAAGAUGGUGAACAUCUAGGCGAAGAAUCGGGAAUGUUGUACAGUGAAUAUUUAAUGUUGGAGAAAAUAAUAAAAGCCCAGCGGAUGGUCAGCGUGGAAGAGAACAAACCCGUGCACGAUGAGCAUUUGUUCAUUGUAACGCAUCAGGCGUACGAACUAUGGUUCAAGCAAAUCAUUUUUGAACUCGACUCGAUACGGGGGCUUUUCAGUACGGAACUGGAGGAAUCGCAGACUCUCGAAAUAUUGAAAAGAUUAAACCGAAUAGUGCUCAUUUUGAAAGUACUGGUUGACCAAGUAAUGAUAUUAGAAACAAUGACGCCUUUAGACUUCAUGGAAUUUCGCGGAUACCUUCGUCCAGCUUCAGGUUUCCAGAGUUUACAAUUUCGUCUCAUCGAAAACAAGUUAGGAGUUCAGCACGAGCAUCGUGUGAAGUAUAACCAGAACUACUCUCACGUUUUCGGAGCCGACCAGGAAGCGAUGAAGUUAAUCGAAAAAUCGGAGGCCGAGCCAUCUCUAUCGUUUAUUGUGCAAAGGUGGUUGGAGAGGACGCCGGGUCUCGACGCUGACGGAUUUAACUUUUGGGGUAAAUUUCAAAAAUCCGUGGAGAAAUUGUUGGACGAGCAAAAACAGUCGGCCUUGAAUGAAACCACAGAAAGUGCCCGUAGAUUUCGAUUGGCCAGUUGGGAGCAGCAGAGAGAGGUGUUUGAGUCCAUAUUUGAUGUAAAGGUCCACGAUGCCCUGGUAGCGCGUGGCGAAAGAAGGUUUACCCACAGAGCCCUACAGGGUGCAAUUAUGAUCACGUUUUACCGAGACGAACCGCGCUUCAGUCAACCCCAUCAAAUACUAACUUUGCUCAUGGACAUUGACAGUUUGAUAACAAAAUGGAGAUAUAAUCACGUGCUCAUGGUGCAGCGAAUGAUUGGGUCUUCUCAGUUAGGAACAGGUGGAUCGUCUGGUUACCAGUACUUGCGUUCAACAUUAAGCGAUCGCUACAAGGUGUUCGUGGACUUAUUUAAUCUCUCCACCUUCUUGAUUCCCCGUGCACUGAUACCUCCACUCACUCCUAUAAUGAAAAGUCACUUGUGUUUGAAUUGGGAAACAAAAAAUUACAUGAAUGGAUACGACAAGGCGUGAAUCUCUGAUGGUACCUACCUAUGACUAUGCGACUAAUAUUUUUAGUAAAUGGUAUUCCUUUGACCUUUAACCAUUUGUAUGGCAUAUGGAUUUCUUUAUGUAUAUUAUAAACUUGUACUUAUUUAA